AUGGAAGAUCCAUCGAAUCUGAGCUCACAGCAAACAAAUCCAACGGCGUCGUUCAGGCCGAGUCACCGCCGGCGAGCUCACUCAGAGGUGAACUUCAGGCUAUCGGAGGACCUAGAUCUGGUGUCGGACCCCUUUGAUGCGCCUUCGGAGAGUUUCGAAGAGAUGGGAUCGGAG